AGUUUUCUUUUUGUGUUUUUAGGACACCAGCGUCAGGAACGAGAAAGCUUCUUUCCAAAGCAUAGAUACAGUCCUUCUCGAUACAUACCAUCGUAUUCCUUUCCCGAUUUGAAACUCCAAUCUCUCUCUCUCUCAACCCUCCCUCCACCUCCUGAGCUGCAAUCAACCUCUUUCCCCAGAAAGCUACACCUUUGCUUCUCCCUCUCUCUCAAAACGUGGAUCCAAACCAUCACAGAUCAGAAUCGGUGUUUGCUUUUGAAGCCCUUUAUCUAGGUUGAGCGAUUUGAUCUGAAUAUGAUCAUAACUUAAAAGUUUGUGUUCGGUUUCGUUAGAUUAUUGAGGAGUUUUGAUGGAUAACAAUAAUUGGAGGCCCACCCCAAAUCAAGGCUCCGUAGGAGGAGCAGUAGGUGGAGUAGGAGGAGGAGCAGGAGAACCCACCAUGGACUCCGGCGAUUGGAGGGCCCAAUUGCCGCCCGAUUCUCGUCAGAGAAUUGUCAAUAAAAUAAUGGAUACAUUGAAGAGGCAUCUUCCUGUUUCUGGUCAAGAAGGUUUACAUGAGCUUCGGAAAAUAGCUAUAAGGUUUGAGGAAAAGAUUUAUACUGCUGCCACAAGUCAGGGAGAUUAUCUGCGGAAAAUAUCUCUGAAGAUGCUUACAAUGGAAACCAAGUCUCAGAAUCCUACAACCAAUUCUUUGCCGUCCAACUCUGCUGGCAAUAGCAAUAAGCCCCCAGAUUCAGGGGUGCUUGGUAUGCAAACCCAAGUUCACAAUCAAGGGCAAUCGCUUCCUAUUCCAUUGCAGUCUCAAGCACGACAACAACUGUUAUCCCAGAACAUUCAGAAUAAUGUUCCAUCUGCUGGAGUUCAAAGCUCUACCAGUUUACCAUCUACACUGCCUCCUGUAUCUGGUUUGAACCAGGCUCCUAUCUCAAAUGUUGUUGGCCAGAAUACCAAUAUGCAGAAUAUAUCUGGAAAUUCCCAGAACCCAGUUGGUAAUUCAAUGGGGCAAGGGGUUCCCUCUACUAUGUUUACAAAUAAUCAGCGGCAAAUGCAAGGAAGGCAACAGGUUGUUCCACUGCAGCAGCAACAACAGUCGCAGAAUCCGCAGCAGUAUAUGCACCAGCAGCAAUUGCAACAAAAGCUUUUAAAGCAGAAGAUCCAGCAGGGAAAUAUCCCUCACACACUCAUGCAAUCCCAUAUUCAGCAACAGCAGCAGCAGCAGAAUCUAUUACAAACCAAUCAGUUACAAUCUUCUCAGCAAUCAAUCAUGCAAUCAUCAUCUGUCAUUCAGCCUUCUGUGAUGCAGUCAUCGUCUCUUUCUGUUCUUCAGCAGAAUCAGCAGCCAUCUAUUCAACAGGCAACACAGAAUAUGCUUCAGCAACAUUCGCAAUCAGUUCUCAGGCAGCAGCAACAGCCACAACAGGCAGCUGUUAUUCAUCCGCAGCAAACACCAAUGCAACAGCAGCCUAUAUUGCCAACACAACAGCAGCAGCAGCUGAUGGGUCAGCAGCCAAAUGCUACAAAUAUGCAACAGAACCAAAUAAUUGCACAACCAAGCAGUGUUGGGGACAUGCAGCAGCAGCAGCAACAGAGGCUGCUUGGCCAGCAGAAUAAUCUUCAAAAUAUGCAGCAGCAGCAACAGCAACAGCAACAACAUCAGCUAAUGGCUCAGCAAAGCAACCUCUCUAAUAUGCAUCAACAGUUGGGCUCUCAAAGUAAUGUUUCUGGGUUACAGCAGCAGCAGUUGCUCGGAGCUCAGUCUGUUAACUCAAGUAUGCAAACUUCUCAGCACUCAGUGCACAUGUUACAACAGUCCAAGGUUCCAGUGCAGCAACAAUCACAACAGAGCGCAGCUAAUUUCUUACCAACUCAAGGGCAGCUGUCACAAUCACAGCCACAACCACCACAGCAGCAAUUGAUGUCUCAGAUUCAGUCACAACCUUCACAGUUGCAGCAGCAGUUGGGUUUGCAACAGCAGCCGAAUACAUUGCAAAGGGAUAUGCAACAAAGGCUUCAAGCAUCAGGUCAAGCAUCGGGCUCCUUGCUUCAACCACAGAAUGUAAUUGAUCAGCAAAAGCAGUUUUACCAAAGAUCCGUUCCAGAUACAUCGUCAACAUCUCUAGAUUCUACAGCUCAGACAGGACAUGGAAAUGGGGGUGAUUGGCAAGAGGAGGUCUAUCAAAAGAUUAAAGCCAUGAAGGAGAUGUACUUGCCUGAAUUAAAUGAAAUGUACCAGAAAAUUGCUGCAAAAGUGCAGCAGCAAGAUUCUCUAUCACAACAACCGAAGUCAGAUCAGCUUGUCAAGUUAAAAACAUUUAUGACUAUGUUGGAGCGGCUUAUUACAUUCUUACAGGUUUCCAAAAAUAAUAUAUUACCGUACUACAAGGAGAAGUUGGGAUUAUACGAGAAGCAGAUAUUAAAUUUUAUAAACACAAACAGGCCCAGGAAGCCUGUUACUUCGCUGCAGCAAGGACAGCUUCCCCCGCCUCAUAUGCACUCCAUGCAGCAACCACAAUCUCAAAUUACCCAAAUGCAGUCUCAUGAAAGUCAAAUGAACCCUCAGUUGCAAUCAAUGAAUUUACAAGGUUCUGUAGCAACAAUGCAGCAGAACAAUAUGACGAGCUUGCAGCAUAAUUCUCUGUCCUUAUCUGGGGUUUCAACAGCUCAGCAAAACAUGAUGAACUCGUUGCAGCCCGGUUCUAAUUUGGACUCAGGACAAGGCAAUGCGCUGAGCACAUUGCAGCCGGUGGCCAUGGGAUCUCUACAACAAAAUCCUGUGAGUGCUCCACAACAGGCAAACAUCAACAACUUGUCCUCACAGAGUGGAGUGAAUGCGCUACAGCCAACCAUCAAUUCUCUUCAGUCAAGUUCUAAUAUGCUUCAACAACAACAUUUGAAACAACAUCAGGAACAGCAAAUGAUGCAGCAGACACAGCAACAACUCAAACAACAAUAUCAGCAGCGCCAGAUGCAGCAGCAACUGAUGCAGAAGCAGCAGCUAAUGCAACAUCAGCAGCAACAGCAACAGCAGCAGCAGCAGCAACAGUUACACCAACAACCAAAGCAGCAGAUGGCUGCACAGUUGCAGUCACAACAAAUCCCGCAGCUUCAUCAAAUCAAUGAUGCAAAUGACCUGAAAAUACGACCGGGUUUGGGUGUUAAGCCAGGGGUCUUUCAGCAACAUCUACCAGCAGGCCAGCGUGCUGCUUAUCCUCAUCAACAGUUAAAACCAGGAGCAUCAUUUCCUACUUCAUCACCCCAACUUCUUCAGGCCACGUCCCCACAGAUUCUCCAACACUCUUCUCCACAGGUGGACCAGCAAAAUGUUUUAUCAUCUAUCACAAAAGCUGGAACGCCACUGCAAUCUGCAAACUCACCAUUUGUUGUCCCAUCUCCUUCAACUCCUUUAGCCCCUUCUCCUAUGCCAGGGGAUUCUGAGAAACCUAUCUCUGGUGUUUCCUCGCUCUCAAAUGCUGGAAACAUUGGACAUCAACAGACAAGUGGAGUGGCCGCUCCUGCUCCAUCCCUUGCCAUUGGGACUCCUGGGAUAUCAGCCUCACCUUUGCUUGCUGAAUUUACCGGUCAAGAAGGCACUCAUGCUAAUGCUUUGAUGAAUGUUUCUGGAAAGUCGAGCAUUACAGAGCAGCCUCUUGAACGUUUAAUUAAAGCGGUAAAAUCAAUGUCACCUAAAUCAUUAAGUGCCUCUGUCAGUGACAUUGGUUCAGUUGUGAGCAUGAUCGAUCGGAUAGCAGGUUCAGCACCAGGUAAUGGAUCCAGGGCUGCUGUUGGUGAGGAUUUGGUUGCCAUGACAAAAUGCCGGCUCCAAGCAAGAAAUUUCAUCAUACAAGAUGGAUCCAAUGGGACGAGGAAAAUGAGGCGCUACACGAGUGCCAUGCCCUUAAAUGUUGUUUCAUCAGCUGGCAGCAUAAAUGAUAGUUUCAAGCAGCUGUCAGGUUCAGAGACAUCUGACCUGGAGUCGACUGCAACUUCUAGUGUCAAGAGGCCUAGGAUUGAGGUUAAUCAUGCCCUUUUGGAAGAAAUAAGGGAGAUAAAUCAAGGACUCAUAGACACGGUCGUUGAUAUAAGUGAUGAAGAUGUCGAUCCAACUGCAGCUGCUGCUGCUGCUAUAGGGGAUGAAGGAACCAUUGUCAAGUGCUCUUUCAAUGCUGUGGCUCUCAGCCCAAACUUGAAAUCUCAGUACACUUCUGCACAAAUGUCUCCAAUUCAGCCAUUAAGAUUGCUUGUUCCAUCAAAUUAUCCAAAUUGCUCCCCCAUUCUCUUAGACAAGUUUCCAGUUGAAGUCAGUAAGGAUUAUGAAGAUCUUUCGGUAAAGGCAAAGUCAAGGUUUAGCAUAUCUCUACGAAAUCUUUCACAACCCAUGUCACUUGGCCAAAUAGCAAGAACUUGGGAUGUUUGUGCUCGAGCGAUUAUUUCUGAGCAUGCACAGCAGAGUGGCGGAGGUAGUUUCAGCUCAAAAUAUGGAACUUGGGAGAACUGCUUGAGUGCCGCAUGAUCACUGUUGCAGACGACCCGCUGAGUUAGUAUUGCAUUGAGUUGUUGUAAUUAAUCAGCCUUGAUGUAGAAUUUGCUGCAUAUGCUUCUGUCUUGACUACCUGGCACAGUUCUUGGAAAUAAGACUUGUGCUAGCUGACAUGUUUAUCGAGGGAGAUAGAGAAGUUUUUCAACUUCAACACUAGUGGAGUAGUGAUAUUCCACCGUGUAUCACAGUCUAAAAUAAUUUAUAUUGCUUACAGAAACGUCUACUUUUACUAGGUUGUGUUGUAAGUUGUAACCGCGCAGCAGAUUGUUGUCAUUUAUGCCAUUUCUAGUUCUU